CAUGUCGGCGCUAAACCGGAAGUAGGAAGCCAACGAGAGUUUGACAGUUUAUUUACCCGUUUAUUUAAAUGUACAACAUUGUAACGUUAGCAUAGCCAUUUGAAAAAAAAUAAUACAGUAACUUUAGAUUAAAUAUUCUCAGGUGUUGGUAUUUCCCAGCCUACAUCCAACGAGACGCGAGGUUACGACCAACAGCAGUGGCAGCCAUCAUAAGUUAAAACUAAACCAGAUUUAUAUCUCAAUUUAUCAGUUAGCUAGCGAGCUCAGGGAUUGAUUUACAAUGGAAGAGGUACUAAUCUGAACAUGUGCUAGCCACUUUUCUGCUCUGCAAACUGCUGGUUUGUUGCUAUACCAAAUGGUGCGGCUUGCUUGCAAGUCAAGUUGCUCAACGCAUGCUGGACUCUGAAGACCCGUCCAGCCCGUCUCCAUCCUGCUCCACUGAACCCCAACCCACGGUGUCCCCGGGUCCUGACAGGAACCAUGGCGACCAGGAGGACAGUAACCACGGUGACCAGGAGGACAGUAACCACGGUGACCAGGAGGACAGUAACCACGGUGACCAGGAGGACAGUAACCAUGGUGAUCAGAAAGACAAACCGCAGGGUCGGGAGAGGGUUACUGUGAGUCUGGACAUCAACAGUGAAACACCAACAUUUAAUAUCGUAGUCAAAGAAGAAGGAGAAGACUGGGAACUAGAUAAUACAGCCGGGGAGAGACCCUCUACAUCAGGAGAACCUGAGCAACACCAGAUGAAACGCAGAACGAGACAGAAAAAGACCCACCGAUGCCCAGAUUGUGGGAAACACUGCCAGACAUUAUCGGCGCUACAAAUACACAUGAGAACCCACACAGGAGAGAAGCCUUAUACCUGCUCUGAGUGUGGGAAGGGCUUCACUCAUCAAUGUAGUUUGAGAUGCCACCACCAGAAGAAACAUUCUGAACAGAUUAAAACUGACCCGGAUGACAAGAUUGGCUGCUGUUGUGGACAAGAGUUCUCUUCCAAGAAUGAUAUGGAGGUUCACUUGAAGACAAACACUGGAGACAAGCCUUACACCUGCUGUGUGUGUAAAAAGACCUUUACUCAUAAAGCAUUACUGAAAGUACACCAGCGAUCCCACACAGGAGAGAAGCCUUUCUCUUGCUCUCUGUGUGAGAAGAGUUUUACUCAAAAAGGAAAUUUGACAACACACGAGAAGUCGCACGCCGGAGAGAAACAUCCUUGCUCAGUCUGUGGAAAGAGUUUCACUCAGAAAGGCUAUCUGAAGAUUCAUCAGCGGCUUCACUGUUCCGAAGGGGAGUUGAGUUCCUCUGUAUCAAGAGCACUUGAACACCGACAGACGAGAGCUAAGGCGACUCACAGAUGCCCAGACUGUGGGAAGGAGUUCCCUCAAACAUAUUACCUGGACAGACACAUGAGAACACACACAGGAGAGAGGCCUUACCAGUGCUCUGUGUGUGGGAUGAGUUUCACGCAGAAAGGAAAUUUAAAAACGCAUCAGAAAGUGCACACUGGAGAUUAUCCCUCCAGCUCCUGGUCCACUGGUGAGGGGAGUCCCUGUACAUCGGGAGAAGCUGAACAACACCAGGAGAACCACGCGGACGUCACAUCUCACGGCUGCCUCGUGUGCGGCGAGGAACACUCUAACCUCCCGGAACUACACAAACACAUGAGAUCUCACUCGGGAGAAAAGCGCCUCGUCUGCCCUGUGUGUGGCAAGACUUACCCCAGAGAAUUUGACCUCAAAAUCCACCUCAGAACACACACAGGAGAGAAACCCCACGAGUGCAUCGAAUGCGGCAAGAGUUUUGUUCGUAAACAAGGGCUCCGGCAGCACCAGCGGACACAUGACGCCAAGCCCAUCGGACCGACCCGCCAGCUAGGCAGGCCAAAGCACUUAACCAGGGCUCAAAUGUCCAAGAAAGUGCCUAAGAUGGAGAGUGAUACAGAGAUGCAGGACUGCCAAGUACUAUGACAAUUAACCGCGACUUUGUCUCUUUAGUAGGUAGGAGUUCUUCUUCUCGCCGAAGCUGUGUCUGUGUUGUCGCCAUCUCUGAUCAGUUAGAUAAUCAUGCUAACUCUCACUCAUCUCAUCAAUCAACAUAUUAUGAUCAACACAAAUGUGGUGGAAAAG